AUUUAAUAUUAUUAUAUUUAACGAUAAAAAUGAUAACAAGAAAUAAUUAAAUAUAUUCGCAUGCAAUUAAAAGAGAAAAUUAAAUGAAAUGGCUCAUCUCAGCCUUACACUAGGCCCAACCCCAUCCCCCCACCACGCCCACCACCACCUUCCAACAAAAUCUGCAGAGCAAAACACACUCAUUCUCAGCCAUCCGUUACAGACAGUACGGACAUAUGACUUCAUCAACAACUCUCUUCUACUUCAAGCCCUCUCUCCUCCACUGCUCCACCUCCACCGCCUCUUCCUCUCAUUCUCUCUCACUCAAAUUCAAAUUUCCCGCCAGACCACAACGUCCACUUUUCCCUACGGUCCAAUCCCGCUCCAGUACGCCCAGAGCUUCCUCUCGCACCGGCGUUUCCGCCGAGAAUGACUCAGGCUCAGCUCGAGAUCUCUUUUGCGUUUCAAUUUCAAGUAGAAGGAAAGCGCUUGCAUUUGUGGCCACACUGCCAUGCCUUCUUCUUUUGAAUGAAUCAUCGAUGGCUGGGAUGGCUACUAGUGAAUAUAUGCUCAUAAAGGAAGAGGUGAGCAAGGUAUUGUCAAAGGGAAAGGCAGCUGGUGUACUUCGUCUGGUUUUUCAUGAUGCGGGAACCUUUGAUAUGGUUGAGAAUUCAGGUGGCAUGAAUGGUUCCAUUGUGUAUGAACUUGAUAGACCAGAAAAUGCAGGUCUCAAAAAACCUAUGAAGACUCUAGAGAAAGCAAAGACUGAAGUGGAUGCAAUACAGCCAGUAUCAUGGGCCGACAUGAUUGCUGUGGCGGGAGCUGAAGCAGUUUCAUUAUGUGGAGGUCCAACAAUCCCAGUUCCGUUGGGCAGACUAGAUUCGGUGGAGCGUGAUCCGGAAGGAAAACUUCCUCAAGAAUCUCUGGAUGCUCCUGGUUUAAAGCAAUGCUUUCAAAGAAAAGGCUUAACAACACAAGAUCUUGUUGCUCUAUCUGGAGCUCAUACGCUUGGAAGUAAAGGAUUUGGAAAUCCAACUGUUUUUGACAAUUCAUACUUCAAAAUUCUUCUUCAGAAGCCAUGGAUGCCUUCAGGCGGUAUUUCAAGCAUGAUUGGGCUUCCUUCAGAUCGUGUACUUACUGAAGAUGAUGAAUGCUUAAGGAAUCAUUUAAUGCACAGAUGGAUCACAAAGUAUGCUGAAAGUCAGAAUAUGUUCUUUGAAGAUUUUAAGAGUGCUUAUAUGAAACUAGUAAAUUCUGGUGCAAAGUGGAAAAGCUUGUAAUAUUAAUGAGGGAGCAAAAAUUUGUUGUUUAUCUUUUAGUCAGAUUGCAGAUUCAUUUACAGAAAUCAUAUACAGGGUGCUUCAAUGUAGUUAGAAGUGAUGUGUACCAUGAUGUUGUAAUCUUUGUAAGAAUUACUCUCAAGAAGUACGAAUAAAUUACCAAUAAUGCUUGCCAAUUAA